GUUGUACUUGUACACCUAUUAGACUGUAAAUAGUAUACUGGCAGUGCAAGUAAAGGUUACUGGUUCGAGCUCAUCCUACCAGACAAGAUAGAAUAAGCAUUAAUGUUAUUUUAAUGACCUACAGUGGAUCAAUCAACAGUGCAAGAGUUACAACAUUAAGAUGCCACUCCAAAAAGCUGAAGCAUUGUUCCAUUUCAAGCCAACAGCCACUGUGGAGCUAGAGCUCAAGAAGGGGGAUAUUGUGGUUGUGAGACGGACAAGCGUUGGAGAGGGGUGGUGGGAAGGGGAGAUCAACGGGAAGAGAGGACUCUUCCCUAGCUCAUUCGUUAAAAUGCUAUCUAGCUCGGCUGAAGGUAGUCCAGUAAAAGAGAGGAUGCCUCCUCUCACUCCUGGGUCCAGUAAGAAGGCCUUCAUGGAGACUCUCCUCACUCCUUCUACCAACGUUCAAGACCAACUGUAUGACAGAGAAAAAGCCAGCGACAUAUUUGUGCAAGGCCACUCUGAAAUCAGCAUCUCGGCUGGUCCAAGAUGGGACUGUUUUCCACCGACCUUGACAAUAGUCAUCAAAGAUCUGCAUACAGAGACGAGGUUCAGUGGUGUAAAGCAUUUCACUGUGUUUGACGUUGAGACGAAACAGCUGGGCACACAGGUCACCAGGAGGUACAAGAAUUUUCUGUGGCUUUAUGACAAAAUGGCGGAAUUGUUCCCUUGCGUCAGUCUUCCUCCAUUGCCUGUAAAACAGUUUUCAGGAAUUGAAGAACAUGGCAUUGAAGCUAGAAGAAGAGGUUUGGAGAAUUUUCUCAACAGAGUGGCCAGCCAUCCUGUUCUUGGAUCCACAAAGCUGCUGCGUGACUUUCUUACAGAGAAAGAUGACAAAGAUUGGAAGAUUGGAAGGCAAAUAAGCAAUAUCAAGGUCCCAAAAGCAGCUAGAAAGCUCUUCACUGCUCCAGUCUACUGCACUGUAAAGUAUCCUCCCUUCAACGUGCCAAUCAAUCAAUUGCCUUCCAUUGAGAAGUUCUCGCGUUUCAGCCGUGUGCUGGAGAUACAGAUUCAGGCCCUCCAGAACACCUGUCAACAGCUGUGCCAAUCUAGCGGAAAAACAAUGUCUAUUGUCAACAUGCUUGGCAAGGACUUCCAGAAGAUGGCCAAAGGAGCUCAGCCUGUCAGUGCAGGGCGGCGGAAAGCGACGCCCACACACAACAGCAACCUCAGCGUUCCGAAUGGACACGUCCCAUUCCAUUCCUCCUCAGGCCACCAGCGAGUACCCAGUGACAUUGAAGAGGAGGACAGCGAUGGAGAAAUGGACGAUGCAUUCGAGUGGAACUGGAGGGACGACUCAAAGUUCAACUGCAUGAUGAGGGAGCUCUAUGACGUGGCUGGAGCGAUCAGGAAGUUGGCCAGUCUCCAUCAGGAUCACCAGGAAUCAGUGGAGCGGAAUGUCGUGGACCCCCUCGCAGAGUAUGUGGGGAUCAUACACACGCUGCCAACACUUGUCAGGCUUCACGAUGAAGCUAUGGAGACGUACAAAAUCAGCAAAGAAAAGGACACGAGGAAAGAAGCCGAGGAAAUGAGACAACAUUGUGAAACACUCAACAACAUAAUACUUGCAGAAUUCGACUACUACAGCAACACAAUGAUCAAUGACUUUGAAACCAUUAUCCUCAAUCUGCUCAAAGAACAAGCAACCUAUCACAGACAGGUGGCCAAAAGCUGGGACUCACUGUACGAAGGCUACAUCAAUCGAAGAUCAUCGAGGCUUCCACAAGAGGCAGAGAGAAUUACUAGCUCUGGAAAAACUUUCUCGUUUGGCAAGAGUGGAAGUUUCACAGGAUCGUUUCCCUCUAGUCGUGUCUCAUCAGGGAGCUUCGAUAUGUCAGUACCAGCAUCUCCGACGGAAGCCACACCGGUACCCUCGGAAGGAUCCACCUUUCAGUCACCCUCGUUCAUUACUGUGGAGAAAAUGGAUCCAGCAGCAAGGCAUUCUGACAGCUGGGAGAGAAUUGACGAUUCCCUGAUAGUAGGUUCUCCUCAAGAUGAAAGUUUGCUGGCUACAAGUCAAUCGAACUCAGAAAAUCAGGAUCUUUACGCGUCUGUUAUUGUACACCAGCAGCAAGACACUGAAACAGUUGUGGGCAAAGAUAAAAAGCACCAUUCUUACGCUAACAUCAAUUUCCAACCCCUAACUAAAGAUAAACCGGAAACUCGUUCAUACGCUAACAUUUCAAUAAUGCAAGGAACAAGUUCCAUUGUAUCUAAGCCCAAAUCUGCCCCAAAUUCUCCUAAAAAGCAAAAAAAACCAAUACCUAUUCGAAGAAAGCAAGAUUCAGACUCACUAACCUCGUCACAAGAAUUUACUACUUCCACGGAGUCUAACUUGAGUCCUACGAACAUGGUCAAACUUCCAAAGAAGCCACUGCCGCCAGCCAAACCUAGCAGACCUUCCGUGUCAUCACCUGAAGACAAGCCUUCAUUUAAUAUCAGUACACCAGCGCUCAACCAACUGCCUCAGAAGUCCAUCACAGCAAAUGAUAAGCCCCUCCCUGUCCCACCCAAUAGUACCAGUCCGCUGUUUGAGAAAAGAGAGAGAAGUAAGACAACUCUAGAAAGUGGCUCUGAAAAGAAACUGCCUAUGUUACCACCUUUGAAGCCUCUUCGAGAAUUUGCCAAGACCACGGAUAAUCUCCCCACUCUGAAGGAGGGAGAACCUCCUCCAUUGAAGAACAUUUCUGUUUCACAUCCUGCUCUAAAAUCAAAACUGAGUGAGCCAAUUCGAAAUAAAGUGCAGGUUGGAUCAAGCGUUGGGAACUCAAAUCAACAGCCCGUAGCUAGUGAGACUAAUCGAACUAAUAAAGUGCGUGUUAGUACUGACCUUAAUCGGACCAAAGUACAGGCUGCACCUAAUGUUGCUGAUUCUGCAACUCACACUGGCAGAGACGAACUCAUGAGAAAACUAUCAUUGAGACGACAAAGACUUGAAGAGCAACUUGGAGCCCACAAAGUUACCACACAUAAAUCGAACAUGGGGAAUAUAUCAGUGACCUCCUCGGAAAGAAACUCUAUUAGUUCCACAGCAAGUACGGAAGUGGUGGUCAAGUACAGCACAAGAGAGGAGCCCUCGCAUGGAGCAAUCGGAAACAGUGGAACAGGAACUGGUAAUGUUGUACUAAGAGAACAAGUGGACGAUGGUAGUUUGGCCAAGUUUGGCAUUAUCGAAGAUACUAAGGGUGGAAGUUUUGUGAUAUAGUUAUUUGUCUAUGUCUGUGUGUGUGUGUGUGUGUGCACGUAUGAUUGUACUAAUUCCCCACCCACCAAUGUUCUCUCCUGCAUUAUGUGUAUGUGUAUUCACACCUUUAUUAUGUGCGCGUGUGUGUGUGUGUCUUAUUUUGUUCAAGGCAAUUCAUUUCUGACUCAUAUUCAACAAGUCUAUUUUGAUCUGAUAAUUA